CGCUAAGUUCCAGUAGUCACGGUCACCAUAGAUAAUAUAUAAUUAUGUAUUAUCUAUGACGGUCGUCGGUCAUACGGUCACUUAUUGUAUCGUUUGUAUCUUCGCGACUCUGCUUUGUCGGUAAACAACGCGAUUAAUAAUAGGUAAUACGAAUAUAAAGUAAAAACAUUAUCUUUCCAAGGUAUAUUAAUCAAUACACAUUGGUUCGGUCAAUAUUAAUAUUUAAUAUUUUCAUUCCUCUGUUGUUUUAUUAUAGUUUUUAUUUUCUUUGUAUUGUUGUGACUUCCGAAGCAAAACUGGCGAACAGUAAUUAUCACAUUAAUUUACAAGAACUCUACGGCAUCAUGAGCGACCAACAAGAUUCACUAGGGAACGAUCUCGGGUUAUUGAAUUAGUGAGUUCGUUUAAAACACAGUACCUACUUAAGUACUACGUCUAAUUUUACAUCGGAUUAUCUAAUAAUUAUUACAAAAGCUAAUAGCUUUUUUUUUCUCAGUGCACAAAUUUUUGUGUAUAUAUGUGCUCAUAAUAAUUACCUGAGGUUUAUUUUUAUUAUAUUAUAAAGUUAUACAAUAUACAAAUAGGAUCAAUCGAUUAAACAUUCAUAACAGUUUUUAUAUUAGUACAGUUCAUUUGUUAACAUCAAAUCUACCACCUGUGUCGUUAUUUCAGUUUUUGAUUGGUAAUAACUAAUAGUUUAAAUAAAUCAAUGUUUAUAGUUUUAAAAUUUACUUAAGUAUAUACAUUAUAUACUCUCAUUUUCAUAUAUAAUUUUCUUUUUCUUCUUAUUUUUUGUACCUAUGUAUAUAUUCAGUUAUUCAUAUAUUUACCAUUGUAUUUAUUAAUACUCUAUUAUGUAAAAAAGAGCCUCAUCAGUAUAUACAUGUAUAAUAUUAUAUCUAAUAAACAAAAAAAUUAAUAGAUUUAUUAUAUUGUAUACAUUUUAUGCAUGCUAGGAAUUUCCGAUCCUAAUAAAUUUGGUAAUUAAUUCAGUACUAACUCUUUGCUUUAACCUUCAGGCAGGCACAUAAUAUCAGCUCACAUCAGUGCCUGUGCGAAAUCAGGGGGCAUUUACUUUACUCAUUUUUCAACCAUAUUUCAUGCAUAUGUAUGCUUAUUUAUGUCAACAUUAAAAAUUUUCCCGCGUCACUUUAGUUUAAAUUAGAGUUUUUAUUAAGUUUUUAAUAGUUUAAAUUCAGCUUGAAGUAAAAAACCAACUAUUAGUUUUUUAAAAAAGUAUUUAAAUAGGAAUAACUAGUUAUUGAAGUAAUACGGACUAGAAAAAUAGAACAAAAAUUGCUAUAAUAAUAUAAUUAUAAUUAAGUUUAUUCACUAAUCUAAAACCAAAUUAAGUGUAAAACUAAUUAUUAAAUUAUUAAAAUUCAGUUACCUACUUAAGUUAAUUUAAUAAAUACAAUUUACUAAUAAAAAUCAAACAAAUUUAUUUAUAUAGUUAUUAGAGUGGUUCAAAAAUGUCAACUUCAGAUUUUUGUUACCAGCACACUCUUAUUUUGUUAAGAUAUACAAAAUAAUGAUUUUGUGAAAAUUCAGACUUGAUAGUUUUUUGAAUUUAAGUCAAUAACUGUAACACUAAUGUUUGAUACCUUAAUAUUAGAAUAUAUUAUUUUUUUAUAAAAAUAGUAUCUACAACAUUUUUCAUAAAAUCAUUAUAUUAUUAAAAAAAAUAAAAAUAAAAUGCAAAAUAUUUCCUAUAUUUAGAACAAAUGAUUUUUGUAUGGUUAUUUUAAUAUAUUUAUCAAAUAGAUAAAGAUAUCGUGAAAUGUUUCAGUAUAUAUAUUACUUAUAUAUUAGUAUAUACUAUAUUAUUUCCCAAAAAAAUUAUGAUUAAUUAGCUCCAAAAGUUCUCUGUAAUCAUUACGUGUGAAAGUUUAAUUUAAAAAACCACAUUAUAAAAUAAAAAAACUUAAACAAUCCUUUUAGAUGGUAAUUUACUACCUGUAAAUUUACCUUUGAUUUUGUUUACUGAAUCAAUUGAAUAGAUAUUUUGAUUCAGCAUAUAUAAAAAUAAUGGAACCACACAAAAGACAAGAAAUUUAUUACAACUGUGAAUGGUGAAUAGUUAUUACGAUAAUUGAAGAAAUAUUAUUACUUAGAAUCUAGGCAUAAUCGUAAAUAAUGAAAUAAGAUUUAAGAUUUAGAAUUUUUCGGUUUUUUCACGUGAAAUGGUCAACUAUAGGUAUCAAUAAAAGUAUGUAUAAUAUAUAUUUCGAACAAAAUUAUUGUGGUUUUUCAAGAAAAUAAUUUUGUUUAACGUAAAAAAUAAUGAAAAAUCAAAUAUUACCAAAGUACCAAUAUAUUUUUAUUUUUUGUAAUUGAUAAUAAUUUAAAAAAAAAAUACUUGGUAUACUCAUUAAACAAAAUAACUACAAGUACAAAUUAAUUUAUUUUCAUUAUUUUGUAAUUUUAAUAAUUGAGUUUAAAAAAAAUUCAAAUAAACUUCAAUAGGUCAUUUGUUAUCCCUUAUGGAGCACGUGAAAGGGUUGAAUGAUCAAAUCCAAAUUUGUACAGAAACAUUAUUUUGUAUUUCUUGUGUUGUUAGUAAAUUUCUAAAAUUAAAUUUUUGCCUUUAUAAGGUUGGACCACUCUAAUAGUUAUAUGUACAGUAGAACCUGUUUGAGACACUCCCAGAGACCAGUUAAAAAUAAUACAAUAUCUAACAUAACAGGAACUGUUAUUUCAUAAAUAUCCUUGUUUUUUUGGUUCUUAUUAUUAAUAAAAUUCAAUAAAUUAUCUCCCCUCCUAAUAUACAAAAUUGACUAUCAAAAAUCAAAAAUAUUCUUCACUUUAUUCAUAAUCUAAAAUGUGCUCUGAUGUACUUUAUUAAACACCAAUCCGUUGACAACAAGUAUGAGAUAAAUGGCAUAUACCUUGCCUACCUUAUAAAUUUAAUUGCAAUACAUAUUGUAUUUGGUUACUUACUAUAACAGUAAAGAUUUAGUUUAGCUCAAAUCCUAAAUUCCAAGCAAAACUGAUAUUAUAAUAAUUAUUGAUAUAAGUUUAAUUUUUACUAUGCAAUUUGUUUGAAAAUGAAAUAAUUUUUAGGGUGUUACAGUUGUCUAAGUAACAAUAUUGGUUUUUAUUUUAGUUUUAUGCGCCCUGAUGGUCUGGAUGGUGUUAUUAUGAUGUCUAAUUUUGAUGAAUUUCAAAAUAGUCAAUCAGCUAUUGAAUGUAAGUAUACAUAAUAUUUUAAAUACUAUCUGUGCUUCUAAAAUUAAUAAUAAUUUUAAUUUUGUAUACAAUAUAUAUUUCUUAGUCUCAGAUUUGCAUUACAAUAAUCCAAUUGAGUCAAACUACGACCAAAAUUUGACUUCAGCGCAUCAAGUAAUUUAGUAUUGAUUAUCUAUGCAAUCAUUAAUAUAUAUUUUGAUUUAGUUUAGAAAUGUAAAUAAUUAAUGUAAUCUAUGAGCAACGAUUAAUACAAACUAAUUAAAAUAAUGUAGUGAUGAAAGACUGUUACAAAAUUUGGCAACUAUUAUACCAACCAUUAUACAUGUAUUAUUGAUAAAUGUCAUAGACAAGUAUAGCAAAUAGGUUGUUUUUGUUAUUAUGUAAAUAAGUCCAAAAUUAUUGUAUAAACUAUGAAUAUGAAUUUUUUUAAAUCUAUUACUCAGACUAAUAACUACCAACAAUAAUUCUUAAUCAGUGCAGACUGAACUUAAAUUUUGAUUAGCACAAUUUCAUAUUUUAUAGGCUGUCCCAUGAAAAUAUACCCCUUAAAUAUCUCCGAAGAUAAUAAAGAUAAUCAAAUUCUAUGUGUUUACAGGGAAGAAGACUACAAAUAUUUAUAUUUGAAUUAAUUUUUUUUAAUAAGAAUUUAAAAAGUCAGAGCAAAUAUUGAUUAGGCAAUAGAUUAAAAGGAGUUCAUUAAGAGCAACAAAUAGUUUUCUUAAAGAACUGGAAUUUGAAUGUUGUGUUUUUCCUCCAACUAAACGUCAUUUUGACAGUGACAAGUUAAACUAAAUUAACAUGUAUAGUAUUAUUAACAUAUUAUAACAUAGUCAGGAGAAAGGGGCGCUACUUGACAAGAAAAAUAAGAUAUUUUGAAUCAACUAAACUAAAUUAUUUAAUGAACUACUCAACUAAAUCGGUUUGCUCAUACACGAUUAGUUACUAAAACACUCGCCACUCAAUUAAAAUACUGGCUUAGUCUGAACUAGGAUUUACAGUCUGCAAGGUUAGGGUCCAAAAAUGAAAGCACAGACCUUGAAUAAUAUCUGUGCAUAUCUAAAUUCCCCCUCAAGUUGGGAACCACUGGUUUAGGUAUUCUAAACAUAAUUAUUUUACAAUAUUUAUUUAUCAAUAAUUAGUUUUGUUUAUUAGUUAUAAUUAGAAAAAUAUGUUCAAAAAGUAAUUAUCUAUUAUAUUAUUCAUAUAACAUCAAAUAUUUAAACAUUAGAUAAACCAUUUAAAUUUAAUUUUUAUAAUUUGGUAAUUAAUAAUUAUGUAUCUAUUUGUAGUAUAUGGGAGAAGGACUUCGUGAAACUAAUGGCCGAACUAUAUUUGAAGAAGGUAUUACCCACCAGAUACCUGUCAUAUAUUUAACUUCAAAUUUAAUUCCCAAGCAAAUUUUUCCAUUGAUUGCUACUUGCGAUUCUCUUAAAAAGCUGAUAAAAUACUCUUUAGCUAGAAAUUGUGUCUUUGGAGUCUCGUACAAAAUGUAAACCAUACAAUAUAUCAUUAUUAUCAAUUAUUUAAAAAUCAAUAUUUAGUGUUAUAUUAAUUGUUAUAAAAAUUAGUUUUGGCACAAAAAAUACACGUACAUAUGGAACAAUUGCUGAAAUUUAUGCACACUCUGGGGAUAUUGAAACCUCUGACAAGAUUUAUAUCAAGGCUAUGGGUCAUCAGCGAUAUGAAAUUUUAAAAACUGAACCAUUUCCAGAAAGGUAAUUUUAAAUUAUUUCUGAAGUUAAAAUAUUACAUUUUUAUUAUUGUUGUAUAAUUUUAUAUAAAAUGUGUGUAUUUAGUAAUGCUCCAAAUAUUGCAUUGGCUAAAAUCAGAAUCAUGCCUGAUAUUACAUUACCAAAUCCAUAUCAUAAAUUGUGUUUGAAUCCAAGAAAUCGUCAUUCAAAUCAUGGUAACAAUUUGUAAGUAACACAAUAUUGUAUUCAUUUAGUGAUGUUUCAAUAUUUAAUAGUUAGUACAAUUAUAAUAUUUAUUGUUAUAUCAGGUGCCGUACAAAAGAUAUGUGGCAAACUCAGUGGCCAAAUUGGGUAUAUAAACAGUUUGAUGUGCACCAGUUAGCAUCGAGAGUUGCGGAGAAAGUUAAAACAUUGUGUAAGUUGAAAUUUUAUAAUGUAAUUAAUUACUACACCCUAAUAUUUAAUUUAGUCAACAAGACCAAAUUAAUGUUAAUUAUUAUAUUUAUAAUUAUAUAUUAAUAAAUUAGAGUAUUUCUCACUUAAUAAAAAUAAUUAUCAACAUAAACUGUAACAUAGCUUGCAAUAAUAAUUUUGACUUUAAAAACUAAUAAAAAAAUUCACAAAUAUCUAAAAUAAAAAAUAUUACAAAAUCCUACCAAUAACAUUUUUGAUUAUAAUAAAAAAUCAAAAUAAUAUUUUUAAUAAAUUUAAAAAAAUUCUAAAUGGUUAUAAUAAUAUUGUAGUUGGUUCUUGACUAAUAAUAAUUUAAUGAAAAAAUUAUAGAGCUUGGGACUUAAGGCCUAUUUCUCCAAAACCACUAAUCGUUGUUAAAGUAAUCAGAGUUAAAAGUUAAUCAUAAUUUAUCAAUAUUUGAAUUUCACUAUGUUCAUGUUAAUCAUGAUGUUAAGGUAACCUUGAUUAACCUAACUAAUCGUGAUUAACACCAUUAUCAAGAUGGCUGUGAUGUAUAAUAAGAAGUUCUGUAUUGCAAGUUGAAUAUUUAAUUAUCACUAUCAACUGAACUCCAAUCAGAAUCGUUUUUUCGUAAGCAAUGGUUUGUCGUUGCUUACUUGUAUACAUUAAAUUAUAUAUAAUAGUGGCUGUGCCCAUCCCCAUUAUCCUAGAGUCUUUUAUUCUAUAGUUAAACAUUGCUAUUAUCAGAUUUAUCUGAUUAUAUUAAAAAGUUAAAUUUUGAUAGUAUUAAAGCAAUGUUAAAUAUUUGAUAAAUAGUAUUAAUCUUGAUUUUAUAUUAAAUUUUUACCUUUCAUAUUUUAGAUUCUGAGGGAAGUGAGAAUUAUAUUAGUAUAAAAUGAUGUUUAUGAUGUUUAUUUUUUUUAAAUUGUUCAUAAAAUUUGAUCAGAUAUUUCAUGUGUAGUACAUUUUCUGAAAGGUAAUUUUAUAUGGGUGGUUCUUAUAGAUGUCAUUUUUUGAUUUUCUAAGCAGUUUUCAUAAUAAUUGGAAAAAAUCAUUGGGGGAGAAGGGAACUUACAAAAUGUAUUAUUUUCAAUUUUGUUUUUUGUUGAUGUCAGUAAAAAAUAUAUUUAGAUACUUGAAAUUUGAAUAGAAAAAUUAUAUUUGCCUUUUCUAGAAGUAGUUUAAUUUUUAAAACAUUUUAGUAAUUUUUGCGCUAUUUAUAGACAUUUUAAUUUUAAGAGUUUAUUAUGUAAUUUUUAGUCGGUAGGUACACAGUGGACAAAAUUAUUUGACCAAAUAAGAAUAGUUGAAAAUUUGUGUAUAUACAUAUAUUAAUUUUUACGAAUAAAAUAAUUUAAGAUAAUAAAUAAUAAUAAUAAUUUAUUUUUAAUAAACAUCAACAAAAUUAGGUAGGUAUAUAAUAUUUUUAAAUGUUUUUGGUUAUACAAAUCUAAAAUUGUUCAUAUUUUUACAACUUUUUUUUAUCUAAAAUUAUUAAUAUAUUUUGAAUCAGUUAUUUAUUUUUUGAGGUUUAAUCAAAAUUUAUUUUCAUUAAUAUUUUCAAUCUGAAUAUCUAUGAUGAUUUACUUUGAAUUAAACCAUGUGCGAAUAGUAGUUAUUAUAAUAUUUAAAAAAGAAAUGCUUAAAUUUAGUGAAAUAUAAUUUACAGUACAAUUCAUGUUUUAAUAAGUUAGUUGAUUUGAAUUGACCCAUGAAUAAAAAAAAUAUUAGGUCUAUUCAAAUCAAACAACUUACUCUCAAAAUAUGAUUGUUUCUAUCAUAAAACUUCAAUAAAAAAGUAUUCAAGAUAUAAUACAAAUUCAAAAGGAAUCGGUCAUGGAUAUAAUAGAUGUAAUACCCAGUUACAGGCUUCCAAACAUGAUAUAUUAACCAACCUUAGUAGAUAACUAUAUUUUUUAUUUUUACAUAUAUUUAAAAUUUAAAACAAAAACCCGUUUAAAAGGGUAGUUUAUAUCAUUUAGUAUUCUAUACACAGAUAUUUAUUUUAACCGGUUAGUUUAAAUUUUUAAUAUUAUUAAUUAAAGUUAAAUAACUAUAAUAUUCUUAUAUUUUUAACAUAUUAUUAAUAUACCUAUAUUUCUAUCUAUUAGUAGUACCUAAAUUAUACCUACAAUUUAUGAUCGUUACUUAAAAAGACUGCCAAUGUAUAUAUAUAUAUAUAUUUUUUUUUAUAUAUAUAUUAUUAAUUUUAUCUUAAUAAUGAAUGUUGGUAAAAUAACAUAAGAUAAAUAAAUAAAUAAACAAAUAAUAAUUUUUUUGGGGAGAGUUAAACCACUACCUACUUUAGAUUUUCAAAUGGCGAUCUAUAUUAAAAUAAUAAAUAUAGCUUUUCAAAAUAUGUAUAACUGAACUCCACUCAGAAUCGUUUUUCUUUAGCAAUGAUUAAUUAUCACGUGCAAAUAUAUAUUAAAUUUCUACUCUACCUCCCAACUUAUUUUCCAACUUUACUUUAAAGAUGACAAAAUCAAACUCACAGAAGAUCCAUAUUUAUUGUCUCUGCAAGUAACUAAGCUGGGUAUGUUUAAUCCAGAACAAGUUCAUCAUUUACUGAGCCUCGAAUCAACAAAUCACCGCCUUAAGCAGGCUUUGUUUUAUUUGGAUGAAAAUGUAAGAAAUACAAAAACUUAAAGUAAAACUACACUAAAUUUAUAUCACUGAUUUUGUUUAGCAAAAAGCAAGAGUGUCUAAGAAAAAAUUCAUAUGUAACAGCGAAGACUGUUACGCAUGCAUUUGUGACAUGGGAAACGUCUUUCCCAUGUCUCCCGAUGGACCACAGGGAACAUACUGCAACUCUUGGGGACAGAUCCAUGAUAUGAUAACAGUAUAUAGACUUGAGCCCGGUCUAGGUGUGGUGAAAGUUGGACAGCCAUCAGAUGAAUGCUCCUGGUUUCCUGGGUAUAAUAAUUAAUUUCUAUACUACACAAUACCAUAAUACUAAGAUGAAUGUUUAUUUUGUACAGGUAUAAAUGGACAAUAAUUAUGUGUCCAAGGUGUAAUCAGCAUUUAGGUUGGCGUUUUACAGUUGAUGAAGGUUCUACGCUUACACCGAAAGUAUUCUAUGGAUUGUGUAUGUCUUCCAUUACAUCAGACAAAGAAUGUACACCAAAUGAUGAUUCUUCAUGGAUUGAUAUGUUGCAUUGAAAAGGAAAAUUUUAAUGUUCAUAUUUUUUUUGUUUUUAUUUUAAUUAAUAUAGUUUUAAGUACAUAUUAUAUCAUAAUAACUACUAUGUUAAGUACACUGAUAAAAAUACAUUUUAAUUUGCAUAUUGGAAAUUGAAUAUAAACUAUUAACCUAUUGCACUAGAUUACCUAUGAUAAAAAUAAUAGUUUCUUGCAGUUUUACAUAUUUUUGUUUUUUAUUUUAUUAAGUCAUUAAAUUUGUAUAUUUUAAGAAAAAUUAUGAUACUUAAAUACUUGAUUAUAGCUCUUGUAUUUUUAUGAUUAAUAAGUAAUAAAUAAAUAUUGUAUAAUUUUUUUCUGAAGUAAAUUAAAAUACUCAUCAAUAAAAAAAUAAGUUGAGUUUUAAUUUUUCUA